UCCUGCUUCUUCAUUCUUGGCGCGUUUGGGGGAGAAGGAAACUGCCACUCCGGAGCAGCUGCAAAAAUUUUCCUGGAAAAACUUUUCAGAUUGAAAACAAGAAAAGGGCAAAAAAGGGUUGACGUCGUUUCAUCAUUUUCCAUUUGUAAGGCCAUGUUUAUCUUUUUCUCCCCAUUGACGCUAUCUUGAUAAAAAAAAACACCGUUCCCAAAAUCCCUUAAAAGGUUCCAGAAUCUUUCGUUUGUUCAUAUCGUAUUCACUCUUUUUGAGCUGUUCGUGAGGAAGCAGCCAUGGUUGGCCCUGAUGAAAAUGGUGCGCCAGUUAAACUUGAGGGAAAAUAUGCUGCAGUGAUUGUAUGUUGGCUUCUCGGAAAUGGGUGUCUUUUAUCGUGGAACAGUAUGCUGACAAUCGAGGAUUAUUAUGUUUACUUGUUCCCGCGAUAUCACCCCUCAAGGGUACUUACACUUGUAUAUCAGCCAUUUGCACUUGGAACACUUGCAAUAUUGGCAUACAAUGAAGCAAAAAUCAAUACUAGAAGACGAAAUCUAACUGGAUACAUCCUUUUCUUCCUGAGUUCCCUGGCUGUUCUGCUUUUGGAUUUAGCUACAUCAGGGAAAGGAGGAAUUGGAACAUUUAUUGGAUUAUGUGCUAUUACCGGUGUCUUUGGGGUUGCAGAUGCUCAUGUUCAGGGUGGAAUGGUUGGAGACCUUUCCUUCAUGCAACCUGAGCUCAUUCAAUCUUUCCUUGCCGGGUUGGCUGCAUCAGGAGCUUUAACUUCUGCUUUGAGAUUAAUUACAAAGGCAGCAUUUGAGAAUUCCAAGAAUGGUCUUCGCAAAGGAGCUAUUCUGUUCUUUUCCAUCUCCUCAUUUUUUGAGCUGCUAUGUGUUCUGCUAUAUGCAUUUAUCUUCCCAAAGCUACCGAUUGUGAAGUACUAUCGCUCAAAGGCUGCCUCAGAAGGAUCCAAAACUGUUUCCGCAGACCUUGCAGCUGGUGGCAUCCAAAUGCUGCCUAGAGAAGAAGCUGAGGAAGAUCCAAAACAACUACAGCGGAUGAGCAGCAAAGAGUUGUUUUUUCAGAACAUUGAUUUUGCACUUGAUUUGUUUCUGAUUUACGUGCUGACAUUAUCAAUUUUCCCUGGAUUCUUAUCCGAAGAUACUGGAUCACAUAGCUUAGGCGCAUGGUAUGCACUUGUUCUGAUAGCAAUGUAUAAUGUGUGGGAUCUUAUUGGGAGAUACCUUCCACUCAUGAAAUGCAUGAAAUUGGAAUCUCGAAGCGGACUCAUGAUCGCAAUUCUAUCAAGAUUCUUACUUAUCCCAGCAUUCUAUUUCACAGCAAAAUAUGGUGACCAGGGCUGGAUGAUAAUGCUUACAUCCUUCUUGGGGUUGACCAAUGGGUACCUCACUGUCUGCGUGCUCACGACUGCGCCCAAAGGUUAUAAGGGUCCAGAGCAAAAUGCCCUGGGAAAUCUGCUUGUGCUGUUUCUUCUGGGAGGCAUAUUUGCUGGUGUAACACUCGACUGGCUGUGGCUCAUAGGCAAAGGCUGGUGAGAGUCGAUGCUCGCUAAUGCAAGCGAAGAUUUCAUUUAUUGGGCAAGUCAGAACAUUGCUUCGUUGCUAUAACUUUGAAUUAUCGUCAAGUUCUGCAUUAUUUUUUUUGAGGAAAUUGUGAAUAAUUAUGUACUCAUUCAUUGUAUUCAUCCUCUGUGCAAGUUGAAAAAUAAAAAUUAAAAAUACUAAAUUGCCUCCCAUCUCUCUUUCUCUCAGACAUUUUGGGCUGAGUAAGGACUUUAUGUGGUUCAGAAUUAUAGAAUUGGAAUGACACAUAAAAUUAAACA